AAGAAACUCAGAGCAAGAACAAAGAAAUUAAAGCAGAGCAAACAAUGAAUGAAAACAGCAUGUUAUCCUUAAUCUCCAACAGAAACACCACCAAGAAUUCAACCAUGUCAUCCAAGACACUCUCAGGAGUUGGAAGCCUCAUCAAGCUCCUCCCAACCGGCACCGUCUUCUUGUUCCUCUUCCUCAGCCCUGUUUUCACCAACAACGGACACUGCCACACCGUCAACAAGUACCUCAGCGCCAUUCUCCUCAUUGUCUGUGGCUUCAGCUGCGUCUUCUCUUCCUUCACCGACAGCUACACCGGAAGUGAUGGUAAGAGGCACUACGCCGUCGUCACCACCAAGGGUCUCUGGCCAUCUCCGGCGUCGGAAAAUGUUAACCUCUCGGCGUACAAGCUCCGGUUUGGUGACUUCGUGCAUGGUUUCUUUUCUUUGAUUGUGUUUGCUGUGUUGGGACUUCUUGAUACCAACAUUGUUCGUUGCUUCUACCCUGAGUUUGAGUCUUUUGGGAAGGUUUUGAUGCAGGUUCUGCCUCCGGUUAUUGGCGCAGUUGCUGGUGUUGUGUUCAUGAUGUUCCCUAGUAAUCGCCAUGGAAUUGGAUAUCCUACCAGCAUUGAUUCUAAUGACACCUCUGAAAAUUCUGAUCAGAAGAAAUAACCUCUUUGAUGUUUGAUCAAAAGUUAAAAACAACAACUAGCUCUGUUUGGGGUUUGUUUGGUUUGGCAACUUUGUUAUAAUGUUUGCAUGUAUUGUUUAUCAGAAAAAAUGUUGAAUUUAUAUAAAUAUCUAUAAAAACUAGUCUAUUUUGAUAUACUUGGUUA